AUGCUCUUCCUAAUAAUCUCGUUUGCUUCUGCUAAGCUAGCGAUGCCAAACCAUAUUUUUAAGGAAUAUGAUCUUCAUUGUUACACUGAUGUUAUUGAAUCCAAGUCUUUAACUCGUAGAUCCUUUCCAAAGGAUUUCAUAUUUGGAACAGCCUCAUCCUCUUACCAGGCCGAAGGUCAUGCAAACGUAAGUUGCAGAGGUCCGAGUAUAUGGGACACUUUUACUCGAGACUUCCCAGAAAGGAUAGCUGAUGGCAACACUGGAGACAUGGGAAUUGAUUUCUACAAUCGCUACGAGAGUGAUCUUCAAGCAAUAAGGGAUAUGAAUAUGGAUGCUUUUAGAUUCUCUAUCUCCUGGUCUAGAGUAAUUCCCAGUGGGAGAGCAUCUCAGAAUGGCAAGAUUGGGAUAACACUCAAUGCCCGUUGGUAUGAACCUUACUCUAAUAGUGCGGAAGAUCACGAUGCGGCCAAAAGAUCUCUUGAUUUCAUGCUUGGUUGGUUCUUGAAUCCUAUAACAUAUGGUGACUAUCCGAGCAUUAUGCGUGAAUUGGUUCAAGAUAGAUUACCAAAAUUCUCUCCACUGGAUUCUAUGGUUCUAAAAGGAUCAUUGGACUUUGUUGGAUUAAAUUACUACACUGCAUAUUAUGCAGCAAAUGUAAACUCUUCCGAUCCAGAUCAUCGAAGAUAUGGAACAGAUUCUAAUUGCCAUAUAUGUUACAGGUCUCGAAGAGAACGAGACAACAUCCCCAUCGGUCCAAAGCUAAAUGUGAAACCUGCCUCAUUUGUCGAGCUGGACUAA